GAAAGCUCGUUGCUGAUUCACUCUCCUGCUUUAGCCCAGCCCUGGAAGUUUCCCUCUGCCAGGCCAAACCUUUGUGAGAGGAGAGCAAAGAUGAAAGUCUGUGCUCCUUUCGCUGUUGUCUUGGCUCUGACUCUGAGCAGUGACUGUGCAAGGAUGCACUACAAAUCUGGGGCAGGAAGAGGCUCAAAACAUGAGUUCACUCGCCCACAAGUGUUUACGGAGGAUGGAAAUUUAUGCAAAUUUCCUUUCCGGUACGGUGGAAGGUUUUAUCACUCGUGUUUAUCAAAUCUAUUUUCCCGAAAGAAAUGGUGUUCAACAACACAUAACUAUGACCGGGACAGGAGAUGGGGUCACUGUGCUUUAUUGCCCGAAGACCACGCAGAUCACUGCGCAAACAACCCUUGCCAAAAUGGAGGGACCUGUUCUCCUGCUCAUGGCUAUAGGAUGUACCACUGUUCCUGUCCCGAGGAAUUCACAGGCAAGGACUGUCAGAUGAAGAAAUGUUUUGACAACAGUCUCUACGAGUUCUUUGAUGUGGGCAUGAGCUGGUCAAGAGUCCAACAAGGAGCCGUGGAGCAGUGCAUGUGUGUGAACGGCCAGAUCGAGUGCGAGAGUGUCGAACACAGAAGUUGUAUUCAUGAUCCUUGCAUGAAUGGUGGAGAAUGUAAAAUGGUUACCUUCAGUGGGAAAAUAGUAUGUGAUUGCAAAGGAAAUUAUGCAGGAAAGUAUUGCAAUAUUGUUCCUAGCCAUCGGUGCUAUGUUGGCAAUGGCACGGAGUACAGAGGUACGGCAAAGACGACCAUUUCUGGACACAGCUGCUUGCCUUGGCAUUCAGACUUGCUUUACCAAGAGCUUCAUGUCGACAGCGUGGAGAAGGCAGUACAGCUUGGCUUGGGGCCCUUCCCCUACUGCAGAAAUCCAGAUGAUGAUGAGAGGCCGUGGUGUUACGUCAUGAAGGACAACAGUUUGUCUUGGGAGUAUUGUGACAUUCCAUCUUGUGCAAGCAGGGAAAGGAGGCCACCGGUUCCAGACAAUGUGGAUAGUUCUGCAAUUACCAGAAGACCAUGUGGAAGAAGACACAAAAAAAGAAGUUUUGUGAGACCUAGGAUUGUCGGGGGAUCUUCAUCUCUGCCUGGAUCUCAUCCCUGGACAGCAGCUAUAUAUAUUGGAGAGAGUUUCUGUGGGGGAAGCCUUAUUCAGACUUGCUGGGUCGUGUCGGCAGCCCACUGCUUUGCUAACAGUCCACUAAAAUCGACUAUUAAGGUAGUUCUGGGUCAGCAUAUAUUUAAUAAAACAACUGACGUAACACAAACAUUUGAAAUAGAGAAAUACAUCUUGCAUCCUCAGUAUUCUGUGUUCAACCCUACUGAACAUGAUAUUGCUUUGAUUAAGCUGAAGAAGAAUGGCCAACGUUGUGCUGUCAAGUCCCAGUUUGUUCAGCCCAUCUGUUUGCCGGAAAGUAACACCGUUUUCCCCGAUCAGUUCAAAUGUCAGAUUUCUGGAUGGGGACACAGGCAUGAGAAUCUAACUGGUUAUUCAAAUGUCCUGCAAGAAACACUGAUUCCAAUUAUUCCUGAGGAGAAGUGCAGAAGCCCUGAAAUUUAUGGAACAGAAAUCACUGAAAAUAUGUUCUGUGCUGGCUACAUUGAUAGCAAAUCUGAUGCUUGUCAGGGAGAUUCUGGUGGACCUCUGGCCUGUGAAAAAAUGGAAAUCUCUUACCUCUAUGGAGUUAUCAGCUGGGGAGACGGCUGUGGCAGAGUCAACAAACCUGGAGUAUAUACACGAGUGACAAACUAUGUAAACUGGAUUAACGAGAAAAUAGCCCCCCGAAAAAGUAGUUGAACAUUUAAACAUGCAAACAUUUGAAGUAAGGGAACCUUUAGCCAUGUCAGAUGUGUACGUUUAGAAGCACUGAUGUGAAAUGUAUUUCUUCUCUGAUAGUGAACGGUUUUGAAUUCUCUUAAGUGUUUCAAGGAAAGCUAUGCUUUUAAGAUACGGGAUUUUAACGUGGUGCCUGGAUACUCAGAUAUGUGUUUUGUUUUAUAGUACUGGCAGUGUCUUCAUGGGUUUCUUAGUUGUGGGGAAUGAUUUUGGCAGUUAAAAGAAACUUUUUAAGGACACAUAACCAAAACCUGAGUUUGUGUAAGUACAAAUAUAUAACAAUGCUAAUCUAGAUAAAUGAUGUAAACUGUUUAAUAAAAGUGUUUACCCUCUGUUUCUUGGA